GUGUAUUUCGUGCUCGGUGGUGUAUUUGAACGGCCAGCCGCGGUCACACUGAAGCAAAAACAUUUUUGGCUCGGAGAACGAUUAACACAAGCGGACUGAAAUUUUUUUGUUUUAGUGUUGCGAAAAAGUUUGUGGGAUUUUUCUAAAAUCGCCGGAAAAUGUGAAAAAUAUAUGUUUAUGUGCAAUGUUAGAGCGGCAAACGGCAGCAGUAGCAGCAGCAACAUCGGCAAAAACAACAACAGCAGAAGCAGAAGCAGCGCCAGCAACAAAAACAAAAACAACCGAAACACAACAAACCCAACAAAAUCAACAAAAUCAACAACAACAACAGCCAACAAUGUGAAUUGCUUUUUUUUUUCAUUUUAAUUGUAAACGAAAACCGAAUCAAGUGCAUAAUAAUUAUAUACACACACGCAUAAAUAAUAAAUAGUAAAGUAUAUACAUCAAAAAGAAAAUAAGCGGAGCCGAAAAAAGCCGCCAAAAACAAAAUAGCAGAAAAGAUGUAAAGUAGCGGAAAAAGGCGGAUUGAAAAGGGAAGAGGCAGAGGAAGAGAGAGAGAGAGCCAAAACAACAACCGUUAAUUUUCGCUCAGUGUGGAGGCAGGCAGGCAACAAACAACAAACCAACAAACAAAAAACCAAACAAACAAUAACAAGAACAACAACAACGAGCCGCCCAGCCAAGGUCAACUUUUGGUGUUUUUGGGGCCCAACAACACAAAAUGCACGCGUGUGUCUGCUGCUGUUCGACAAACAACAAUUGCAACAACAACAAUAAGAAGAACAACAACAAGAACGACGGCAGCAGCAACAACAACACAGCAACAACAGGCAGCGGCGGCGGUAGCAGCAGCAGCAGCAACAACAACAACAAAUUGCAGCCAAGGAAGCACAAGGAAGGAGUUUCAGUAGUAGUUGCCGAAGAAGAGGAAGAGAACCAGCAGCGGUUGAAGGAGUCGAAGAAGGAGGAGGAGGAGAAGUUGUCUGCUGGCCAAAGCGCCAGUGGCGGCGACAACGACAACGAUCUCAACGGCUCCGCAACGAGGAGGCGGUGGUGGCUGCGCGGUCCUCCAGGAUCAGCGGAAGCGGGAGAAGGAGGAGUCGAAGGAGGAGUCGAAGAAGGAGUCGAAGAAGGAGUCGGAGGAGGAGUCGAAGUGGGUGGAAGCGAAACAACGACGCGGACGCGGUCACCAUAUCCACCAGGUGACCAGGUUGCGGUGACGAUAGCGCCGGCAACGUUGUUGCAACUAAUAAUUAAAGCUAGAGCAACAACAAACACCUCAGCAACAAUUGCAACCAGCUCCUCCAUUAAGAUCCCAAAAUACCAACAAUACCAACAAUACCAAUACCAAAUCCCAAUCCUCGCCAGCCACGCCUUUUGAGUGCCUCUUUGUGUGUUGUGUAUUGUGCGUGUGUGCCCUCUGUGUGUUGCAAAGUGUCUGAAAACAACAACCAA